UUCUUCCUCUUCACCCGCGCCCCUGCCCUCCCACUCUCCACGUUUGCAGUUUGGGGAAGCCGGGAUUUCAGCCGAACUUGCUCUUGAAUAUUCUCCUCGUUGUGUUCGCUCCUCGCAAUAGCUAUGCCGAGAAUGGGGUCGACCGGGAGGCGGCGACACCGCUGCUGCUCGCCCCUGCUCCUUGCUUUGCUAGUUAGUUGCGUAGCAUGCCAGGCUCCGCCGGUGCCGGCUGGGGAGACCCACUGGGAUGGAAAAGACGUGUUGAUCGAGCGCAAGUACGUGCCGGACAAAUGCCUGCGCACCGUUGUUUCCGGCGAUUUCGUACGCUACCAUUACCAUGGCACUUUGUCCGACGGCAAAAAAUUCGAUUCCAGCUAUGACAGGGGCUCAACAUUCAAUGUUUUUGUGGGGAAAAAUCAGCUUAUUGCUGGGAUGGAGAAGGCUCUGCUUGGCAUGUGUGUAAAUGAAAGACGAUUUGUAAGGAUUCCAUCCCAUCUUGAAUAUGGAAAUGACAGAGUUUCCAGUGUACUUCCUGCAAAUUCUGUUCUGAAUUUUGAUGUCCUUCUGGUUGAUGUUUGGAAUUCUGAAGACCAAGUUGAAAUUCAGACUUAUCACAAGCCAGAAAAUUGUACAAGGACAAUUCAGGUGUCUGAUUUUGUAAGAUACCAUUAUAAUGGAACAUUUUUAGAUGGAACACUAUUUGACUCAAGUCACAAUAGAAUGCGAACUUAUGACACUUAUGUAGGAAUUGGGUGGUUAAUCCCUGGAAUGGACAAAGGUCUUCUUGGAAUGUGUGUAGGAGAAAAGCGCAUAAUCACAGUACCACCUUUCUUGGCAUAUGGAGAGGAUGGAGAUGGGAAAGAAAUACCUGGCCAAGCUUCUCUUGUCUUUGAUGUAGCUCUUCUAGAUCUACACAAUCCUAAAGACAGGGUUAAUAUAGAAAAACUGUUUGUGCCAAAGUUGUGUGAACGUCACACCCAAAUUGGGGACUUCCUCAGGUAUCACUAUAAUGGUACUCUUCUUGAUGGAACAGUAUUUGAUUCCAGUUACUCACGAAAUCAAACCUAUGACACCUACAUUGGCAAAGGUUAUGUGAUUGCUGGGAUAGAUGAAGGUUUGCUUGGAGCAUGUGUUGGAGAGAAAAGGAGAAUAAUAAUACCACCUCAUGUUGGGUAUGGAGAAGAGGGAAGAGGAAACAUUCCAGGAUCUGCUGUUUUGGUAUUUGAAGUUCAUGUGAUAGAUUUUCACAAUCCUUCAGAUUCAGUUGCUGUUACAACCUAUUACAAACCUACUAAUUGUUCAGUGCUAAGCAAGAAAGGUGAUUACUUGAAGUAUCAUUACAAUGCUUCUCUCCUAGAUGGCACUUUAUUAGAUUCAACGGUUAGCCUUGGAAAAACAUACAAUAUAGUUCUAGGUUCUGGACAAGUUGUACUGGGAAUGGAUAUAGGUCUCCGAGAGAUGUGUGUGGGAGAAAAAAGAACAGUUGUUAUUCCUCCUCACUUUGGUUAUGGAGAAGCCGGAGUUAAAGGAGAAGUUCCUGGAAGUGCUGUAUUACUGUUUGACAUUGAGCUGCUUGAUUUAGUAUCUGGCUUACCAGAAGGCUAUAUGUUUGUGUGGCAUGAUGAAGUGUCACCAAACCUCUUUGAAGAAAUGGACAAGGAUAACAAUGGAGAAGUUAUUCUAGAAGAAUUCAAUAAAUAUAUCCACGACCAAGUCAAUUCUGGCAAAGGAAAGCUAGCCCCUGGUUACAAUUCGGAAACAAUUGUGAAAAAUAUGUUCAACAAUCAGGACCGAAAUGGAGAUGGCAAGAUUACUUCUGAAGAAUUUAAACUGAAAGACCAGGAGACACAGGGACAUGAUGAACUGUAACUUAGUUGGAUUUUAUGAGCUGAACUGAUGUUAGAAAUAAUCUGAAAUCCCUAUGCAUAGUUAAAGAAAGGGAUGUGGAAAUGAAUAUGUCUUGAUGUUGAUACUGACACAAUAAGGUAUAAAAUUAAGAUUUUAAA